AUGAAGAGCAGUUUAAUUGUGAGUAUUAUGACAAAAUUGCGGAAAUUUGAGUAUUAUGUGUUCUAUAUAAAGAAAUUGGUUUUGAUAUCUAGUGUUUGUUGGUUUGCUGGCAGGCUUGGUUUCUACAUCAGUUUGGAGUUCUUCAUGAUGGGAAAAAGCCGUACCCAGGUGCUAUUUCAACAUUUGUACUAUGAGGUUGAUGAAUCAUACAACUUAACGGUUCCUGCUGCAGGGAAGCCUGCUUAUGCGCACAUUGAGGCAAACUCAGUAUAUGGUGCAUUACAUGGACUACAGACAUUAAGCCAGCUCUGUGGGUAUAACUUCAAAACUAGGCUAAUCGAAAUUAAUAUGGUUCCAUGGACAGUAUUUGAUCAACCUAGAUUCCCUUACCAUGGACUGCUUAUAGAUACAUCGCGCCACUAUAUACCUUUGUCCGUGAUAAAGAAAGCUAUCGAUUCAAUGACAUAUGCAAAGUUGGUAAGAACUGCACUGCUGAAUAGUGGGAUUGGUGUUCAUACUUCAUAGUGCUUCUAGCUUCGAAGCUCUUUGGCUCUUUACGCACUAAUGUUUCCAGUGGCAAUAUUAUGUAUUGCUGUUAGAGAUAUCUUAGGAAUCUUUACUUAUUCUUGUAGAUAUUCCUUCCUAAUUGUUUAGGGAAGUUAUUUUAUUCUCCUUGAUUUACUCCUUUGUAUGGGGAUC